UGUUUAAGCCCGUGAUAACUUUUAUUUCAAGGAUUUGAAGAUUAUAAAUAACGUAUACAUUUUAUGAAAUCCCUAAGCAGCUAACCUCUGUGCUUGAACACCAUGGAUGAUAUCUAACAGUACUUCUAUCCUUGUAAAUGAAGGAGGUCAAAUCAGUAAAUUGGGUUGAAGUGGGGGGAAUGGAGAUCCUCCUCAUGGAGGAAACAAACAACUAUAUUAUGUUACUUCUUUAAAUACCCUUGCAAAUUAAUCCUUGCAGUGAAAAAGAAAGGGUCAAGGGUUUUUGACAGAUAAAGUUGAUAUUCUAAAUAUUAAAGCCAGAAAUCAUGUCUUCCAGAGAUCGAAAGAAAGCAUCUGUCUAUCAGAAACUGCAACGCCUUCGCUCUGUUGUCAAUUCUACUGCUGUAAAUAAAACCUCAAUCAUUGUGGACGCAUCGAGAUACAUAGAAGAGUUGAAAGAAAAGGUGGAAGUGCUGAACCAAGAAACUGGAACUUCAGGAAUUUCAAAUUCCCAGAAUCCUCUGCCUAUGCAAGUUGCUGUGGAAGCCCUAGAGAAAGGUUUCCUUAUUAAUGUGUUUUUGGAAAAGAAUUGCCCUGGUUUGCUUGUUUCCAUAUUGGAAACCUUUGAAGAGCUUGGCCUUGACGUGCUCGACGCUAGGGUUUCUUGCCAAGAGAAUUUCCAGCUUGAAGCCAUUGGAGGAGAAAACCAAAGUAAUGCUGAAGGCAUAGAUGCUCAGAUGGUGAAACAAGCAGUUAUGCAGGCUAUCAGUAAAUGGAGUGAAAAUAUAUAGCCACCAUGAUUAGGAUUCCUAAGGUGGUUUUUUUUUAGAUUAGCUAUUCUCUUAGUCGAUUAUUUUGAGCAGUUGCAAUAUAAAGUCUUUAUCAUUAUCAAUGGAAGUCUUGUAACUUUUUAAAUCUUUCAAAAAGUAACUGAUCUAAAAA